UGGAAUUCAAAAAUUAAAUUCUGUUGGAUUAAUGUUAAUGAACACUGAAUCAACUCGUCCUGUUGAUUUUACAUUACACAAAGAAGCAAUUCCUGCAAGUAAAAUAGAAAAUAUACUUCGUUUUCAAGAUAAUAAAGGAAAGAAUUGGGGACCAAAAUCUAAGGCAAAAGGAUCUAUUAGCUCUGCAAAAGCAGGAUUUGGUGAAGAAUUUUGACUUUUUAUUGUUAUGUAUUUUCCCUUUAAUUGUUACUAAAAAAGAUUUUUAUUAAAUAAAUUUUUAAAUUAUUUUAAUGGAGAAAAGAAAAAAAUAUUUUAUUUUUAUUCUGUUCUGAUUUUCAAUUAUGUAUAGGCAGGGCCUUGUUUCGUAUUUAUCUUGGAAAAGUUCCUGUGGCGCUACGAAAAUUUUUUGUAGCAGAUUUGUGCUUCAAUUUAACAUUUUCUCAAUCGAAGCCCUGCGUUUCAGAUUCAUGUGAAUUACAAAACAACCUCGGAAUUGAAGUUUACCAAGAAAGAAAUUACAAGUUGGAAAUCUGCUCCUUUUAUUUACAUUAUUUAUUGUUAAAUACACACAGAGCCCCCAACCAACAAGAGUAAAAGCUAUUUCUUCGGCUUUUUUCCAACACUUUUUUUUCUCCUCCGCCCAAUUUCCUUCAUCUCCCAAUUCUAUUUUUUCUCCUUCUACAUAUUCAAUCAAUUUACUACCCCACUAUAAAACUU